AUGAAGCAGAACUUGCUGAGAAGCUACAAAAGGAGCUUCAACGGAUUUGCGGCCUCCCUCACAGACGAAGAACACGAAAAGUUGGCUGAAACCACAAAAAAUAACUUCUCCUGUCAUGUGUUAACUCCCAAAUUGAUAGGAGCUCGGUACUACAAUUUCUUCAGACCAAACAAGAAUACUUCUAGGGAUGAUAUUGGCCACGGAAGUCAUACAGCUUCUACUGCAGCAGGACGCCCCGUCGAUGCCAACUUCUACGGCAUUGCCGGUGGGAUUGCCAGAGGCGGCGUGCCAUCGGCGAAAAUGGCCGUUUAUAAGGCGUGCCAUGGUACGAACUGCUAUGGAGUUGACCUCCUACAUGCAUUCGACGAUGCAAUUGCUGAUGGCGUUGACCUCAUUUCGAUUUCUGUUGGAGGAAAAUAUCCUAAUUUAGAAAGUGACCCUAUUGCAAUCGGUGGAUUCCACGCAUCGGCAAGAGGUAUAUUGGUUGUACAAGCCGCUGGAAACGAUGGGGGCAAAGCAACUAUUGGAAGUGUCGCCCCGUGGAUCUUCUCGGUCGCUGCUAGCAGUACCGACCGAGCAAUAAUCACGAAGGUCACUUUAGGGGAUGGAAAGACGUAUAUUGGAAAAUCGGUCAACUCAUUCAAUUUACACGGGACUAGUUUACCAAUAAUUUACGGAGAUGAAACUCGAUGUCACAAAGAUGCUGCAAGGUCAUGUGCUAAAGGUUGUUUGGAGCCAAGUGUAGUAAAAGAUAAAAUUGUGAUGUGCAACAACUACGAUGGUAUAGACGAAGUUUCUACUGUUGGAGGUCUUGGAGUCAUUGCAUAUGCCAGUUCCUCGGACGUGUCGUACGUAGUUCCCAUAGCCGCAUCAAGCUUGAAUGGGGACGAUUUCAACUCGAUUCAGAGUUAUUAUAGCUCCACAAGAUCUCCUAUAGCGGGCAUAUUAGCUAGUGAAGCAAUAAACAAUACGGAUGCACCUCACGUUGCAAGCUUCUCUUCGAGGGGACCAAAUCCGUUUAUUCCGGAUAUUUUGAAGCCGGAUAUUACAGCGCCCGGAGUCGAAAUUUUGGCAGCAUAUUCACCAUCAGUUUCACCAACAAAUGAUAAAAGAUCUGUCCCUUAUAGCAUUCUCUCUGGAACCUCAAUGUCCUGCCCCCAUGUCACCGGGGCAGCCGCUUAUGUAAAAUCCUUUCAUCUAGACUGGUCAUCUUCGGCCAUCAAAUCCGCUCUAAUGACGACAGCCUCGAGAAUGGAUGCCUCAAAGGACCAACUAGCUGAAUUUUCAUACGGAGCUGGUCAUGUUGAUCCACGAAAAGCUAUUGAUCCUGGGCUCGUGUACGAAAUAUCGACGGAGGAUUAUAUUAAUCUCCUUUGCAAUUCAGGAUAUAAUACAGCAAAACUGAGACAACUAUUUACAGUUAAUAGUAGCUGCAAUGGAGUUAACGCACCUAAAGAUAUGAACUACCCCUCAAUGACUGUUCGAGUUAGUGGGACCAGCUUUUCUGAAAAUUUUACGAGGAAGGUCACAAAUGUAGGAGUACAAAACUCGAGAUACGAGGUGAAAACAAGCACCAGCUCAGAUUAUAGGAUUGUGGUGAACCCAACAAUCCUUACCUUUCGAGCAUUGGGAGAAACACAAUCAUUCGAGGUAUCUAUAAGUGGAAAGAUCAAUGGUUAUCUAGUUUCGGCUUAUAUAGAAUGGACUGACGGCGUCCACACAGUCCGCAGUCCGGUAGUAGUAUAUUCUAAUAACUCGAUAAACGAGCCUAUUUUCAGUUGGGCCCAUUCAAUUGGGUCCAACAAGAUUUUCUACUUAUUUUUAGCAUUUUUAGUUAAUUAUAUAUAGUUUCAGUUGUAUAUGUGUUAGGGAAAUAUGUAUGACAGUCGUUUAUAUUGGAUUUCUCCAUUAAGAAGUUGCUGAAUGCAAUUUGAAGGAAAACGAAUUUUGAAAAUAAAAACUGAUUGUUGUCUGUUGACGACGUAUUAGCUCCACUGAUGAAGAUUCUAAUGCAGUGAGAGGAAAAAAUGUAUUCUUGUGUGGAUGUACAGGAAUACACUAUGGAGUUGGAAGCAGAAAUUGCGAAAUUCAAGGAGGAAAAUCAGGAGUUGCUAAAGAAAUGGUUAUCUAAUUUCAUCUUUUUUAUCUCAUCAAUAUAAUUCAUUUUCAGAAUAGUGCAAGAACAUAUCUACCGACCAAACAAUGUUCAGAUGAGGCGGAGUUAAGAUUUUGAGUGUUAUCUAAGUAAAGCUCUCAUUUACUGUCACCAGAGUCAGAAACUUAAUCUACAUUAUAUUCCUUAGCUAACAAUUGCAUCCGUAGUUAUCAAGAAAGAUAUCAGUGUCAACAGAUUGGAACUUGAAGGUGGCGAUAUACUUUUUUCCGAAAACUAUAUAACUGCAGGCCUUCUCUUUAAGUGCAUAAAUAACAAAGAACGCCAACUAAGCUCUUCUCGGAAGAUAUGAAAUAAAAUUAAAAUGUCGAAAGAGCGGAAGAAAUCAAGUAUGUACUUACCUGUCUCUCCAAUUAGGUAACUUGAAAAUAUACAUCAUCUGGAUUUGUUGCGAAAGCUCUCCAAUCAGCCGUUUCCUUUUCCUUGUGCAGCCUAAACUAUUUGCCCCCUCUGCAUUGUUGUGAAACCCAAUCAGUACAGACGCAAUAUGAAUUCAAAUGCAUCUACAUGGAAGAGCAAGAAAAUGUGUUAAUGACUUACAUUCG